AUUCUCCCGCUGUCGACUCUUUGGUCUGUCCUAAAUCAACCCAUUUUCCCUCCGCCCAGAUCGCUGUGAAGUUGACCCCGCUUCCCUCCCAGCUCAGCGACCUCCUUGCCGAUUACGAGUGCCGUGUGUGCCCCGCUCCACCACAAAUCGAUCGGAAACGCACGCCCCUUUCUCUUCGCCUUUUCGCGUCGUCCAGAUCUCAGUCGUUCUUCGCUCCAUGAGCUAGGAAUCCGAGGUGUCCUCUAGGCUAAGCGAAGUUGGCCGGCGGCGGCUAGGAUGGGGUUGAUAUCCGGGAUGAUGAUGGGGGUCAUUGUUGGCGUCGCCAUCAUGGCCGGCUGGAGCCGCGUCAUGCGCCGACGCAGCACGAAGCGCAUCGCCAAGGCUGCGGAUAUCAAGGUGCUUGGGUCUCUCAGCAGGGACGACCUCAGGAAGCUGUGCGGUGAUAACUUCCCGGAGUGGAUAUCCUUCCCGCAGUUUGAGCAGGUUAAAUGGUUGAACAAGCAUCUGAGCAAACUUUGGCCUUUUGUUGUAGAAGCUGCAACAGUAGUGGUUAAGGAAUCCGUUGAACCACUGCUAGAUGAUUACCGGCCUCCAGGAAUAAAAUCUUUGAAGUUCAGCAAAUUUUCUCUUGGAAAUGUGUCACCAAAGAUAGAAGGUAUUCGUAUUCAAAAUCUUCAACCAGGUCAAAUCAUCAUGGAUAUAGAUUUCCGUUGGGGUGGUAAUCCAAGCAUAAUCCUAGCUGUUGAUGCUGUAGUUGCAUCACUGCCAAUUCAGCUCAAGGAUCUUCAGGUCUAUACUGUCAUACGUGUUAUAUUUCAACUGUCUGAAGACAUCCCUUGCAUUUCUGCUGUUGUUGUGGCUCUCCUUGCUGAUCCAGAGCCAAAAAUUCAGUACACCCUGAAGGCCAUUGGAGGAAGCCUAACUGCAGUUCCUGGACUUUCUGACAUGAUUGAUGACACUGUCGAUUCAAUUGUUUCUGAUAUGCUCUUGUGGCCACACAGGCAUGUUGUUAAACUUGGUGUCAAUGUUGAUACGAGUGACUUGGAGCUUAAACCUCAGGGAAGACUUUCUGUUACUGUGGUAAAAGCAACUUCUUUGAGAAAUAAGGAGAUGAUCGGUAAAUCAGACCCUUAUGUGAAACUGUAUGUGCGGCCAAUGUUUAAGGUCAAAACAAAAGUCAUAGAUGAUGACCUGAAUCCGGAAUGGAAUGAAACAUUUGACUUGAUUGUCGAAGACAAAGAAACCCAAUCUGUUAUUUUUGAGGUUUACGACGAAGACAAACUUCAGCAAGACAAGAGACUAGGUGUGGCAAAACUAGCAGUAAACACUCUUGAAUCUGAGAUUACCCAAGACGCCACUCUGAAGCUGCUACAUUCACUGGAUCCAAUUAAAAAUAAGGACACCAAGGAUAGGGGCACAUUACAUCUUAAGGUAAAGUACCACCCCUUUACAAAGGAAGAGCAGCUGGAAGCCCUAGAGAUGGAAAAACAAGCCAUAGAGGAGAGGAAGCGUCUGAAGGAGGCUGGGAUAAUUGGUAGCACAAUGGAUGCUGUUGGUUCUGGUGUUGGAUUUGUGGGUACUGGCAUUGGCGCUGGCCUCGGUUUCGUUGGUUCAGGAAUUGGUGCUGGCGCAGGCCUUGUUACCUCUGGUAUUGGUGCUGUCAGCAGUGGCCUUGGUAAAGCCGGGAAGUUCAUGGGCAGGACUGUGACAGGGCCUUUCAGCAUGUCCCGCAAGAACGGCAGCAGCUCUACUGCUCCCCAGCAUGAUCAACCUUCGGCGUAGUCUGAUGUACAGUGAAAGACAAUUGUCAUAUUUGUGACAGGGUUGCCAUUCUACUCUGUAUACGUGCUAUACCUAGGACUAUACGUAGCACUUCGUUUUUGUUUCUGCCACUGCCUGGUGCCUGGUUAUAUGAAAUAUGUUUUCGUCGUUGUAUUGAAACGAGGAUCUUUCAAAGUAAAGAUUGCUGUAAAUUGCAUCAGCUUUCCCGAACUAUAUGAAAUUUGUGCAGUCUGUUGAAGUAAAAAAA